ACAUCAAAAAACAUAUGACUCAAUUGUUAUCGAUUGGCAGUUGUGGACUGAUUGCGGUAUAUCGCGAUUGUUUCGCAAAAAACAAAAGAGCAGUGGAAAAAAGCAACAAAAACACGGGGUGGCUACAAAAAAAGUGCGUAGCCAACAAAUUAAUGAAAAUAAAGAAGAAAAUUCGCCGUAUGUCUAGUGCAGGUCAUAUAUAAUAUGGAUGAUGUGCCCGUCAAAAUAGUCGAUCGCUAUAAACCGCCGCCACUAAUUUACCAAUUGCCACAGACGAUUGCCAAUCGUUUGGCCCAACUAAACAGUUCCAAUUACUCACUGGCGGACGAUGAAGCGUAUCAAUAUGACUUCCAGCUGGAGCGCAGUGUGCUCAACCAAUGUCAGCAGUGGCGUCGCAUGCGCCAGCAGCAACAGCAAGCACGCCACGGACGCCAGGAUCAGCGCAAGCAAGAACGUCAAAGGGCACUGGAGGCAAGGCAAAAGGAAAUGCUGGGAGCUGUUGAAUAUCCAAGUGCAGCGGACUUAUCCUCAGAUAGUGACGAUGAUGACGAUGACAAUGAGAUAGCAGUCGAGACACCAGCAACAACAACGAAAUCAAUAAAUGGUGCUGAGUCAUGUGAACAACGCGAAGCAAAGUCAAUAAACUCGUGCAACAAUUUCAACGAUAUACUGCAGCCCACCAAACUCAGUGGCACGACUCCCGUUGUGGUUGCACACCACAAACGCAACAGUUCUCUGAAUUAUGCUGACUUUGAGUACAAUAUGAACUCGACACCUUUCGAUAAUAUUGAAUUGAAGACCAUCAAUGAUUUGGAUAUUUUGGCGCAGGUUUUGCAUCAGACGCAGCUAACGCAGCAGCAUUCACAGGCAACUGGCCAAAACGAUGAGCAAGUGCAGCAACAGACGCGGUCUGAAGAGCAGCCAAAGCAAGAGGAGAUGCCUGUCGAGUUGGAAUUGGCUGUAACGACACUUGCGGAAACCAAAGCGACGCUCGAUAGUGUCAACUUUCAACUACACUGUGAUGAUGCCCCAGACAUUCCAGCCAUCUACCCAGCACCUAUCUACAACACUCCACAACAGCCGCAGCCACAGUUGCCGCAGCAUGUUUAUCAGGAAAUGAUCUACAAUCAACACUACUAUCCACAACAACAGCCGCAAUAUCAGAAUCAAAAUCAAAAUCAUAAUUACUUGCAUCACACGUAUGUCAACGGCUAUGGAACUCAUCCUUCUCAGCUGCCUGUCAUCGCUGCCAACCAAGUGGCGAAUGCGUUGUUACAGCCACAGGAGACGGAAACCAAGUCCAGAAGUGUGCCUGAUAUUUUACGUGAGCUCAAGAGUGAAUUGCAGCAAGCGGAGAAUCGACGCGCUCGAUUGCAUAGUCACCACAAUGAGAAUGACCCUCAAGGAACGGAGCAGACUUCGCCUUCCGCGGCAGCAACCGCAACAUCGAAGGAGAUGCAACACAGCAAUGCAAACAAUGUAUUCCAAGAGCUGGCAGCACCACAAAAGAAGCUGGCGCAACGCAUCAGCAGCAUGGGAUUUCCCUUGGAGCGUGUGGCGAAAGUAAUCAGUCUGUGUGGCAUUGAUGACAAGAAGAUAAUCGAACACCUCAUACCACAAGGCGAGUUGUUGGAUCUUGGCUUUGAUGAAACGAAAAUCUCGGUGGCGCUUUUGAAAUUUGAUAACAAUAAGGACAAAGCGUUAGACUAUUUAAUUAAGUAGUUUCAAAUGAU